AUGGGUGUCUAUAAAGAUAAAGAUUAUAGAAUGAACUUAUACAAGAUUUUUGCAAGGAUAAAACAAAGAGAAUAUAAAUGGAAGCUUGAUUAACUAUCUUGUAAGUCUAUGAAUUGCCAUAUAGAUGUAGGGUUGGUCUAAAAUGGCAAGCGGAAUGAAGGAUACAAAUUUAAAGUUACAAAAUUAAGUAUUAACGAAAAAAUAGCCUAAAACUAGAGAAGGAAUGAAACUGUAUUUGUUUAUGGUUAAUAACUAUGGAGUAUUCAUAGCUUAGUUUAGUCAAGAAUUAAAUUGCCAUGA